ACGACGAAUUAACCCUGGCCAAAGACUCUUCAACCCCUCCUCCCUCCUCCAAUGCAGACCUGAGACAAGCGUUUCGUCGAUGGCUGCCCUCCGAAGGCUUCUUCCUUUCCACUCUUCUAUUAACGGGACAAGCUUCUCUGUGGCAGCUCGAAAUGGGUUUGGAGGGAGCUUUCGCGGCUACAAUUCAAGCAUGUCGUCUCCAGCAUUGAAAUUUGAAGAUAGUUAUGGGCGAUUUGAAGCAGAUAAUUCGAUUGUUGAUGAUGAGGUAGAGAUGAUCAGGCGCGAAUUUGAUGCUGCAAAGCGGAGUUUUCUCAAGAUUCCCGAGGUGCUCAAGGGAAUGCCGAAGACGAAUCCAGAAGGUAUAUAUGUGAAUAAGAACCUGAGAUUGGAUAACAUUCAAGUUUAUGGCUUUGACUAUGACUACACAUUAGCUCAUUACUCGGCUAACUUGCAAAGUUUGAUAUAUGACCUUGCGAAAGAGCAUAUGGUUAAUGAGCUUAGGUAUCCCGAGAGUUGCAUGAAAUUCAAAUAUGAUCCCACUUUUCCCAUUAGAGGCCUGUAUUAUGAUAGGCUAAAAGGAUGCCUUUUGAAGUUGGACUUUUUUGGGUCAAUUGAGCCUGAUGGAUGCUUCUUUGGUCGGCGCAAGCUUUGUCGGAAGGAAAUAGUAGAGAUAUAUGGCACUCGACAUAUUGGUCGUGAUCAAGCUCGUGGACUUGUUGGUUUGAUGGAUUUUUUUUGCUUCAGUGAGGCAUGCCUUAUUGCAGAUGUGGUGCAACAUUUUGUUGAUGCAAAAUUGGAAUUUGAUGCUGGCUACGUCUAUCAAGAUGUAAAUCGUGCAAUUCAACAUGUUCACAAGAGUGGCUUGGCUCAUAGAGGAAUUAUUUCUGAUCCCCAGAGAUACCUUGUUAAAAAUGGCCAGCUGCUACGUUUUCUGAAGAUGCUAAGGGAGAAGGGAAAGAGGCUAUUCUUGUUAACUAAUUCACCUUAUUAUUUUGUGGAUGGGGGGAUGCGUUUUUUGUUGGAGGAUUCAAUGAGUCACAGUGACUCCUGGAGGGAACUUUUUGAUGUCGUGAUCGCUAAAGCCAAUAAACCAGAUUUUUACACAUCUGAGCAUCCAUUCCGCUGUUAUGACACAGAGAAGGAUACAUUAGCUUUUACAAAGGUGGAUGCUUUUCUGCCGAAUAAAAUAUAUUAUCAUGGAUGUCUUAAAUCCUUCAUUCAAAUUACAAAGUGGAAUGGUCCAGAGGUAAUAUACUUUGGGGAUCACCUAUUUAGUGAUUUAAGAGGACCUUCAAAGGCUGGUUGGCGUACAGCUGCCAUCAUUCACGAACUAGAGAGUGAAAUACAGAUACAAAACGAAGAUGUUUACCGUUUUGAGCAGGCAAAGUUUCAUAUCGUGCAAGAACUGCUUGGUAAAUUGCAUGCAACCACAGCUCAUAUGCCAAGAAGUGCUACAUUCGAGUCACUUCUAGAUGACCUGAAUGUGGAGAGACAGAAAGCACGCUGUGCAAUGAGGAGAAUGUUUAAUAGAUCUUUUGGAGCCACUUUUCUAACCGACACAGGUCAAGAAUCUUCUUUUUCCUAUCAUAUACAUCAGUAUGCUGAUGUGUAUACCAGUAAACCAGAGAAUUUUUUGCUCUAUCCACCUGAAGCAUGGCUCCAUGUACCUUUUGACAUCAAGAUUAUGCCACAUCAUGUAAAGUACGAAGCGCCAAACCUAGGCUGUUUCUGUGAUAUUAAUAUGUUCAAGAUGCUUCUGGCGUUACCUCUCCUCAAAGAAUUCUUUCAUUAUCAUGUGGGCAAAAAUCCAGAUUCAUUUUGGGUGUGGGGCAAACCAUGAAAGCUCUGUGUCAUUCCUUUGAUGGUUCCAUCAAGCUUGUUCAAGACUCGAUAGAUAAAACAUUUUGGGACGGGUAAGCAAGCAAUCAAUGAACUAUAGUAUACCCGUGUUCAAUGUUUUGGUGGACAUGGACUCUGUAAGAUGAACCGAGUACAUCCUUUGAGUAAAUCAGAUCUGCAAUUCUGGCAAAGAUGAACCCGUGUUCAUGUACUUUCAUUUUUUAUCUCAAUUCUAUUCUAUUCCAUGUGCUGAUUCUAUUUUGUGAAUCAAAUGUAGUUGAAGUCCAUAUUCAAUUAGGAAUGAAAUUUUUUCUUUGUUUAAUGAGGUAAGUAAAAGCUUUGAUCUUUGUUUUGUUC